AUGCCCAACCGCUUCGACGCCGACCUCGCCGCGGCCCUACAGAGACGGAAUGUGAAGCUCUUCAACUCGCUCCUCUCCCGGCACGCACGCUUCGGCGAGGUCGAGCGGGUCCAGAAGGCGUUUGAUGCGCUGUGCGCACUACGGCCGCCGCUCAAGCCAAACGAGUACACCUACGGGAUCCUCCUCAACGCGUACGUGCGGCUCGCGGACUACAGCGCGGGCGAACGAUGCAGGCAGAUCCUCUCCGAGAUGCAGGGCAGCGGCGUGCCCGUCAGCGCGGUGGUCUACACCACCGUCAUCAAGGGCCGAGUCAACGCCCUCGAUAUGCCAUCCGCGUGGUCGCACUUCGAGGCGAUGCUAUCCGACCCUGCCGCACAGCCGAACCUGCGGACGGUAAACACGAUGCUGCGCGGCUGCCUCUACGUCGGCGACGGCGCGGGCGUCGACCGGCUGCUCGAGACGGCGGCGCGGCUCGGCCUGGAGCCCGACCGCGCGACCAGGGACGCGGCGGUGAGGGCGGCGGCGGCGGCGUUCGAUUCCAAGAGGCUGCGGCGGGCGCUCGAGGCCCACGCCUCCGGAGGUCUGGCAUCGCUGAGCCACGCGGCGGCGGCGGACGGCAGCCUCGCCGCCGUGCGCGCCUUCUUGGAGAGCGAGGGGCGCGAGGCGGCGGCGGCGGCUUUCUCGACCGCCGCGGUGGCGCGCUUCCCUCCGGUGGCAGCUGCGGCUGCGAAGGUGUCUUGGAGCGCCCUCUUCCCGGACGCGUCGCGGGCUGUCAAGGUUGAGGUGGGCGCCGGCACCGGCGACUGGGUGGCGCUGCGGGCGGAGGCCGACGCUGCGACCGCCAACUGGGCGGCGCUCGAGCUGCGUCACGACCGCGCGUGCCUCAUCCGCGCCAAGGGGGCGAUGCGCGGGCUGCGCAACCUCGCGGUGCUCGCCGGGGACGCGCACGGGAUCCUGAGCGGCGGGCUGCCCCUUCGCUCCGUGGCGGAGGUGCAUGUCAACUUCCCGCAGCCGCCGCAGUCCGAGGGCAGCGAGCGGCACCUCGUGAACCGCGCCUUCCUCGAGGCGGCUCACGCCAUCCUCCAGCCGGGAGGCAUGCCGCUCGCCGCUCCGCCCUCGACGAAGAGGCCCAGAGGACCUCCCCCGAUCCGUCUCCUCGCCUCCUCCCGCCUCCUCGCGCAGGGGGCAGCCUCGGCCGCAGCACGAGAGCGAGGCUGCUGA